ACAAUAAUAGAAGUUUUUAAUACAAACAAACAUAAAUUUACAGAUUUAAAUACUGAAGAAAUAAUUCUUUUGUCUGUAUCACUGUACAACAGUUCAGUUCAUUCUUCAACUAAAUUCACUCCAAACGAAAUAUUAUUCAAUCAAACAAAUAUUGAAACUAAUAAUUUUCAAGAAUUGUUCAGAAAAGUAAAAGAAAAUUUAGAAAAGGCAAGAAUGAUUCAAAUGAAAAGAAACGGAAACAAAGAAGAACCCCCAGAACUAAUGGAAGAUAGCGAAGUAUUUAUCAUGCCUAAUGUUCGAAAAAAACUAGACCCCAGGGCAAAACCAACAAAAGUAGCGAAAAAUCAAUUUAAAACAUUUAAUAACACAAAAAAUAUUAAAAGACACAAAAAUAAUAUCAAACGUAUUAAAUCUUAAUCGUUUCAGAUGAAAAAUCACAUUUCAUUACUUGGAUUAAUUCUAAAAUUGACUUGUAUCUAUGGAGGAACACUUCAAAUCAGAAAUUUGGAUAAUGACCCUAUACUAUUCUUAGAAAAGCAAGAAUGUAAGAUACAAACUGGAACAUUGAAAAUCAUACAUCCAAUCAACUUGACUAAUAUUGAAAAUAAUAUAAAGAAAUUUGAAACAAUAGCUAAAAAGAUCAAUAAGAACCUACCAAUAUCAGAUCUAAUAACAGAGAGAGUUGAGGAAAUCAAGAAUAGGUUAGAUCAGAUAGUACCAAGAGAAACUAAACGUAUCAAACGAUGGGACGCUUUAGGGACAACUUGGAAAUGGCUCGCUGGAUCACCGGACGCCGUAGAUCUUCGUAUUAUUAACAGAACGUUGAACGAUCUAAUCAACGAGAACAAUGCACAAAUCAACGUUAAUAAUAUUAUUAACACUAAAAUCGCAGAAUUGACUAUAACAAUCAACGCGCUUAUCGACAAACAUACAACGAAAGACAAACUAUUGUUACAAGAAAUAGAUGCGAUUACUUUGCUUAUUUAUAUGGAUACGACGCAAAGAAUUCUAGAAGAUAUAGAAGAUGCUAUCCUGAAGACACGCGUUCAGCUAAUAAACAGCAAGUUACUAACGAUUAACGAAAUACUUGCAAUUGAGACAAUAAUCACCAACCAAGGUAUAAGAACUAGUUCCCCUGAAGAAUCAAUGAACUACGCGAUACCUAAAAUAGCAGUGAACAAGAAGAUGUUGCUAUACAUACUGGAGAUUCCCAAAGUCGAAGAUGUGUGUACAAUUUUCCAGAUCGAAUCACUCACAUUUAAAAAUUUAACGAUAAUCAAUACUCCAAAAUACAUCGUUAAAAAAGGAAGUGAAAUGUUCGAAACACUGAAGCCAUUCGAUAAAGUGCAAUUAGGUGAAUACCUCAAACCAUUCAGAGAUACUUGUUUGACAUCAAUGAUAGAAGGAAGAGAAAGUAAUUGCAACGCAAUAGAAGACUAUUCUACGUCAAUCAACCUCAUAUCGAUAAACAAGAUCCUGAUAAACAACGCAAAAAAUGCAGAAGUAAAAUCAAAUUGCGGACCGCAUGAUCGAAUACUUAGUGGAAAUUUCAUUCUCACUUUUAAUAAUUGCACAGUAAUAAUCAACAAUCAUACAUUCACAUUCCAAGAAACUAUCAAUGGUGUAAAAGAAAUGCAGGGCGCAUUACCGAAUCUAAAGCUGAAACUAAAUGUUAUUAUGAAGGAGCCCAAUAUCAACAAAAUCCAUAAUAACACUAUAACCAAUAGAAAAUAUUUGGAACACAUUGAACUAAAGCAGUUUUCGCAUUUGAAAAUUACAUUCAGCAUAUUCGGCGGAAUGUCUAUAACGAUAGCAAUUCUGAUGAUCGUUAUUAUAGUGUACAUAAAAACAAAAAAGUACACUAAUAUAACAAUAGAAUCAGCGAUCUUCAGAAGAUCACGCAAAGAGACCUCCAAACCAAGCCAAAAGUCCGAGGACGAACUUUGAUCUACCCCCGGAGGAGUUACAUGAUUGGGUAUCAUGAGUCACCAGCACCAUCGAUCGACCCCAACACCGUGAGCCCCUCCUUGGAAAGACCUUCGCAUAUCGAGAGGGAUAGUGUGUGGAAUGCAGCUACAUCCGUGAUAACAGAACUCCCUCAACAUCGCGAUCACCCUACAGGAAGAAACCGUCGUGGAAUGCAGAGACAUCCGCAGAAGCUACAAGUCUCCCCCAACAUCGCGAUCACCCCUAAAGGAUUGUGGAAUGCAGAGACAUCCGUAGAAGCUGCAAGUCUCCCCCAACAUCGUGAUCAACCCUAAAGGAUUGUGGAAUGCAGAGACAUCCGUAGAAGCUAGAAGUCUCCCCCAACAUCGCGAUCACCCCAACGGAAGCCGCCAUCGUGGAAUGCGGAUAUAUCGGAGUUCCCCCUCAACUGAUAGCGUAGUAGAUAGAAUCAUCGGCUAGGGCUAUAUAAGGCAGAGGUUAGGAACAAACAGUGGCUUAUUUCUCAAUUGUAUCUCGUAGACGUUGGUGAUAGGCUCAUGCGGAGUCUUAACAAUUAUAAUAAAAAGUUUUUUUUAUAAUAAUUACGGGACGACCCGCGUAAUUAUAUAUUUAUAAUA